GAUGGAGAAUCUAUACACGAGGGGUUGGUGAGGUUAUGUUUUCCAAUAGCUACUAAUAAAAAUAACCGUAAACGCUAUUUACUGUACGCAUUUUGGAAACAUAUUAACGAAAAUCAAUAUGAAAUUCUUUACUAAAUCGGUGAAAUCUUGUACCGCCCGAGUUGGUACAUUAUCGGAAUUUGAAAGAAUUCCUAAUAGCAGCUUUGAAACUCCUCUUGCUCUUAUUUACACAAGGGGAGGAUGUGUACCACAUUUAACUAAAGAAGUGUUAAACAUGGUCACUACAAAUUCUCUUUUACUAUCUGUUCCACUGUCUAAUUCAGUGUUGAUGACUGAAGCAAUGAAAAAUACUAAUACUAAUUUUGCGAAGUUCGUUGGUAUGGAGGAACAUAUAAACCUUCUUACAAUUCAUGAUCCAGCUCAAUUAACUCCUUCAGGUUUUCGUAAACUUGAUUCCAUCUCUAUGUGGACAAGAAGUGGGAGACAAGUACUAACUUCUAACAAAUACAUGGAUAUAGUUGAAGCAUUUAAACCAGAUCUUUAUGUUGCACUAUGCGAUGGAGAUACUAAUGUAGACAGUAGUAGGAAAAGAGCCUUAAAUUCUGUAAGACUAAAUAAAACAUUGUUUGAACAAUGUUUUUCUAGGCAUUCUGCAUCUGAAAAUUUGAAAUCAGUAGGAAUAUUAGCUGCAAUCGAAGGUGGUUAUGAUAUAGAAGCUAGAACAUCAUCUGUAGAUGAUUUAAAAGAUAAACCAGUAAUGGGAUAUGUGAUAGAUGGAUUGCAUAAUAAUGGGCCAAGUGUACAGAAUAUUUCAUUGGAACAAGUUAAACAAGUAGUGGAACACACUGUUAAUCUUCUACCUGUUGAUAAACCGAAAGUAUCAAUGGGAUGUUGGAAUCCACUCAUGGUACUAGAGUUUGUCGAAUUAGGUGUAGAUGUAUUCGAUACAUCGUAUCCAUAUGUAGCUACCGAGAAUUCGGAGGCAUUCACUUUUUUGUGCGAUCACACGGAUUGUAAUAACGUAGGACACGUGAUAUCACUUGCAGAAAAGAGAUACAAGGACGAAUUUUCUCCGAUAUGCUGUCAAUGCGAAUGUCUUGCGUGUAAAAAUCAUACCAGAGCAUAUUUGCAUCAUUUAUAUAACACCAAAGAAAUGCUUCACACAGUAUUAUUAAUGAUACAUAAUGUACAUCAGUACCUCAAGUUUUUCCAAGAUAUUCGAGAAAAUAUAAGAACAGGAACUCUCGAUCGGUAUAAAAAAACAAUUAGUUUAAAAUUUCUAAAACAUAAUGUCACUCAAAGUCCAGUGAUGUCGGAAACGUAA